GUAAUCAAUCAUCCCCCUUCGCACAAUGCUUCGGUUGAUUCGAUGCUUACCGAAUGCGGACCGUAUGUCACGGCAGCUCAAAGCAGACCGCACGAACGGACCACGAUCCAAACCGGUCGACCGUCCGGCUGUAUACCGCUGUCCUCCUCCCCAGCUCGAAGGUCCGCUUCGCUCGCCCGACAGAAUCCACACCCACACUAUCUGCAAAGACGAGGAACAAAGGAUGGCGCAAAUUUCAGCGGUGUCGGUGGUCCGGAGGGUGGUAGUGGUGAUUGGCCGUUUAAGCCGGACGAAAAAGUCACUUCCACCGUGGUCUCUGUUACCGACGGUUUGGCACGAGUUCAGCACCGUUCGCACCGUGCUGCCGAGCAGCCCGAUCUAAAUGACACAAAUGACCGCACCUCGACCGGUGGGAACAGAUCCGGCGAUACGCGUAAAUCGCAUACUAUGACCACACAAUCGACUUACAAAGAGAGUGGUGGUCGGAAACUUUUGAACUUUUUUCAACGUGGCUUCACUCCGAGACGACCGAAAUCGAUGACGAAAAUGGAGCAUCGGAAGUCCUCGCCAAAGUGCUAUCUGGUUCUCACAUGUGGAAUUAACGGAACGAAAAAACCGAAGAAGCUUGAUAAUGGGCCAGGUGAUUCACCAAACCGGAAACACACUGCUGAUGCUGCUGAGUAG